GAAGACGCAUUGUCAAAAUGGCUACAGCCACGAAACGCAUGCGGGUACUUCUUACAGGACUGACUUCGGGUGGUCUGAAGCAUGCAGAAGCUUUGCUGGACCCAGCUGUGCAGUGUCAUCUGCCAUCUGUAAUCCCAUUCCGGACAAAGAAGCGCUAUUUCAUUCCACCAGCAGUUGGUGCUACAGAGCAGAGCCAUGCUGUUCAGGAGGCAAAGGCACGGCAGGCUGGUGUUGUGGUGCGACAGGAAUACAUGGAGAGGACCAUCAACAUUGCUUGCACUGCGGGGAUCUUUGACCCCUAUAUUCCCCCAGAGGGUGACGCUCGGCUCUCCAGCCUGUCCAGAGAGGGGCUGAAGCAACGCACAGAGCAGCUGAGACAAAGUGCUGCUUCUCAGUUAGCGAUACGUAAGAUCAAGGAGCAUGACCCUAACUUCAACACCAAGGACUUCCCGGCCCAAGCCCUUCAGAUAUUCAUUGAGGCCCAUGCAGCUCUUACACACUUCAAUAAGGAGAAACUGCACAGCUUGGUGACUGAACGCUGCUACCCUGAGAUGGUGAGGGGAAACCGCUAUAAGACACUGUGCUGGAAUUUUGUGAAAUCCCUUGAACCCCCUCGUGUGGUGCAUGUCCGCUCCCCUGACAUGGUCAGCAAAGGCAACUUCUAUGGACAAGUGACAGUGCGCAUACACUCCCAACAGACCUUGGCCAUCUAUGAUCGUUUUGGGAGGCUGAUGCUGGGGAAUGAGGAGAUGCCACGGGAUGUUCUGGAGUACCUGGUUUUGGAAAGACACCUGGUCAGCCCCUACAGCCGCUGGAGGCUACAUGGGAAAAUUGUGCCUGCCUGGGCCCCGCCAAAGGAUCCCAUUAUCAAGACUGUCAUGAUCCCUGGUCCACAACUGAAACCCUGGGAGGAGUUUGAGGACCUUAACUACGAAGUGCCGCAGCCGAAAGCUGUACAAUGGCACAAGUAGUCAACAUCUUGUGCUCUACAUCUUUCAGGACACAGCCCCAUCCUUAUCUCAGGCCUUGAAAUAAAUGGCCUUUUCUAACAGUUCAGAAGGAUGCUGUAUUUUUGUUGCAUAAAUACAUUGGUCUCAAGCAGCAGGCAAAUCAAAAUACAAUUCUAACUUUGGCACAUUCCCAUCGACAGUAACAAAAUAUUGUAUAUUUCAGUGUAGCCAUCCAGUGAAUUAGAUAAAAUAUAUACGUUAAUCUUAAUAAAAUCAGAAUAUUUUGGCUGCGAAAGCACAAAGGAAUAUUUGUAGUCAUUAAAAUCAGUGCUAUUGUUUGUACUUUAAUCUGUUUUCUGACUGGUGUUUGACAUACUGUUGCUUAAUAGUCUAGAAUUAAUAAAACUAUCAGUGGUUGGCUUUGCUUUUGUCAGUCUGUGCAAUUGUUGCUUGUGUGUAGCCUGCCUUUUGUAAUAUGAAUUGGGGUGUCUCCCAGACCAUAAUUAAACAGCAGCUGCCUGACAAGCUUGUGUACAUACAGCUUACUUAUUAUUAUGAUGAAAAAUGGCGCAAGCUAUCUGUCCAUUGGUACUUCUCCUUUUACAACAGUGAUGUAUAGCAGGAAUGUGGCUCAAAAUGGCUUAACAUUUUCCAAAAAUGCAUGUUUUGGUCCUGUUUAUUUCUUAUUUCUUUCUGUUACAACUCUGACAGCUUAGUCCAAUUUUAUAUGACCACAAAAAUAUAUUCACACUAACACUUCUCACAGAAUUUUCGCUUGUUCCGCUAUGGUGCAGGUAUCAGGGAUUGUUUCAAGAUGUAAACAAACUGUUUUUUAACCUUCUACUUGUUGCCCACUUGGAGGAAGGACCUU